AUGGCUCCUGUCGCUCAGAGCGACCUUGAGAUGAACACCCAUACUUCGGACAUGGCCAGCCAGGCCUCUUCUCUCCGCCGACAAUUCUCCGAACCACUCUCUGCUCAUUCUGCUUCAACCCAGACAUCACAAUCUCCUUCUUCAUCGACGCUAAAGUCCAAAUGCUACUGGUGCGGUGAAUAUUUCAGCAGCUCCAAGACGACAAAUAACGGAUCUACUCCUCUGAAGGAGCAUAUCGUCGCAGCACAUCCGCACAUAGCUCAAAGAUAUUCUCUCUACGACGGUGCUGUUGACGAGAAUCUGGCUAAUGGAGGACUGCAAGUCUCUCAGGCGCCAUCAGAAGAGGCUGCAGCUUCCGGCGUUGAUGAAAUUGAAACUGGUGAAGCUGAAGAGGCUGGCACCGUCAAAACGUACGAGGGUGCUGCGGAUGGUGAGACCGAUGUAGCAUCUGACAUAGCAUUGACCAAUACGUCUCUGGGGCCAGCUCGUGGCCAGACUUCGAUCAUUGAACAGCGUGUCCACAAUCUUUGGAACAUUCAUGAUGUCCACAAAUUCUCCCCAACAUACGAGGACACUCUAGCCGAGGUUGAAGACGUCUGGGAUGCGGCAUUCCGCAAUCCAAAGCGUGGCACGAAGCGGGAUGCAUCUGACCUUCCAAUUCGCCCCGGCCCAUACAAAAAGAAUACAGGCAACAAGGGAGACUUUUUGGAGGUUAACCACCUGGAAAAUCUUUUAUCCCAACUUCGUGAUCCGGAGUAUCGGCAUGUAGAUGAACUAUAUGCAAUCACAGCGAAUGUUAAUCUUGCCUUGAAGACAUGGCAAGAGGAGUACUUUGCUAUCGACAAACUUUACAAGCUUGCAACUCGCCAACAAGGCAAGCCUAGCGCGGAUCCAAGGAAGCUAGAAGAGAUCGCUGUGUUUGAGAGCCAAAAGGAGGCAAUGCUCUACGGCUACAAAUAUGAUCCCAAAGCACCUGGUGGCAUCCAGGAUCCUUUCGAGCAAGGUGGCUUUACGCCCACUACUUCCCAGGCCCUUAAAAUCAGAGCUAAGGGUGACCCUAAUCCUGAUGGAUGGCCGAUAAUCCACAAAUUCGGCGCCGCCUACGUGCCCAUGUUACCGAAACCACCCGCCCAAUCAACUGUCGCCAAGAACACUCGCCGACGCAAAGCAGCGGAGAUGGAGGCAGCAAGCCAAGCAAACGAGACAGAUGAAGUCAAUAUAGGAACGCCUACGCCCGCAGAGAACAGAGACGACUCUCUGCCACCAGCGAAGCGGCGAACUCGCCAUCGCCGCACGGCGCCCGAUGCAGAUCAAACACAAGACAACACGCCUGCACCUUCGGCCCCUGCUUCUCCUGCUCCUGUUUCUGUUGCUGCCCGGGGCUCCGGUCGUGCACGCGGUCGGGGACGCGGUCGAGGUGCCGCCCGUGCCCCUUCGCGGGCCGUUUCGGAGACGCCACAGCCUACGGCGAAUGCGACCCCAGCUCCAGUUCGGGGCCGCGGCCGCGACGCUAAAGUGGUUGCCUCAGCAGCGACACAACCCGUGCCUUUGCAGGCUCGUCCUCCAUCCAUCUCAUCUGGAACAUUGUCCCAACUCGCUCCAAUUGAGCCGGCACCCAGUGGCGGUUCUGCGGCGGUGUCCCCCGCGACCACUCUUACAGGAGAUGCAGACAUCAACAUGCCGUUAGAUCCAUCUGAGCUUGCCAGGCGAGAGAAGAUCGCCAACGCCAAAAACCCUCGACGUACUGAGGCUAUGCUCAACCAUUGGGCCCGAUUCAAUCGGGAGGGCCGGAUCCGCCGACCCAAGCGGUCGAAAUCCCAAGUGGCCGCGGACCGCGCAGCAGAGGCCGCCAAGAAGGCAAUCGAGCCCCGGAAGAUUGGGAUGAAAGGACCCGGGUCCCAGACUCCCGUUCCCGGGGGUUCGGGAGUCGACAUGGGAAUCGCACCAGCUCCAAUGGUCCCCCCUGUGCCGCUUCCUCUGCCCUCAGGCCCUCCUGGAUUGGCGCCGAUGCCUACAGCCCGAGGGUCUUUGACAUCUCCCUACGCACCCAUUGAUCCGCGGGCUGUGUCAUCGUUCCCCCCUGGUCCUCCCGGACCAUUUCAGCAGCCGUCUGCUCCAGUUCCGUAUCGUACCCCGUACCCUGAUUAUUAUAUCCCAUACGGUGCGGCGGCGGCUGGGAUGCCUCCACCAGGUCCCACACGACCUGCGUGA